AUCCAUAGCGUAAUUAAUUUUACCCGAUUGGAUCAUACAAUCUAUUUAUAUCCAACUUGCCCUCGUGCAGAGGCCCCUAGGAGCGUGUAGCCUACAUGCUACACAGCCUUCGAGUAAAUCCCUCCCCUCGAACCGGAUAACAGCCUUCAAAUCUUCAAAGCGGUUAGAGUCCUAAUUUAUGCCUAGUUCAUGAUCAACUAAGCUAUAGGAUUACAAUACUCUCUAGCAUCAUGGGGCUUUGCACGAAACUCCCGGAGGCGGUUGACGAAGUCGAUGUCAUCAUUGCCGGAGGCGGAACCGCUGGUUGUGUCGUUGCCUCUAGGCUUGCGGAUGCGCACCCUGCGUUAUCUAUCUUGUUGAUUGAAGGCGGUUCAAACAAUGAGAUGCCUACUAUUGAACAUCCUGCAUUUUUCAUGUCACAUCUCGCACCCGAUAGCAAGACAAACCUUUUCUACAUUGCAAAGCAGUCUUCGGAGGUGGCAGACAGAGCUCUCAUCAUGCCAGCUGGUGGUGUGCUUGGGGGAGGCUCGUCUACUAACAUGAUGAUGUACAGUCGAGCUCAGCGAUCCGACUGGGACUCGUGGAAAGCUCCGGGAUGGUCAGCGGAUGAUAUGUUACCAUAUUUGAAAAAGCUCGAAACAUACCAUGGUAAAGACGAGAAGGGCGUCCACGGCAACGACGGCCCAAUCCACAUAUCUCGUGGCACAUAUAGUUCGUCCAAGAUUGCAGAUGAGUGCAUUGCGGCGGCAAGUAAAUUAGGCUGGCCUGAGGUCGAGGACUUGUCAGACCUCGACUCUGUCAAUGCCUUGUGGAGAGCCAAGCGUUUUAUCUCGCCUGACGGCAAGCGCCAGGAUGCAGCAUCAUGCUAUCUCCACCCCCGUAUUCGCGACGGGAAACACCAAAACCUGCAUGUGCUCGUUAAAUCGCAGGUUAUACGUAUCCUACUAGACGAGAAGAAGGCUGUAGGAGUCGAGUUUAGGCCCAACCCACUCUUUCACCCUGACGAUACUGAUCAGGUCUCUCGCAGUGUGAAGGCAAGGAGACUAGUAAUUGCAUCUUGCGGAGCCUGUGGCACACCGUCUCUCUUAGAGAGAUCGGGUAUCGGCGAGAGGAAUGUCUUAGAACAUGCUGGUGUUCCGGUUGUAGUCGACCUUCCCGGUGUUGGGAAUGGGUACGAAGAUCACCACUUACUUGGCUAUCCAUACCUCAAUGUCCUAGCCCCCACGGACACGCUCGAUGGGCUCGUGCUCGGUCGCAUGGGAAGCUACGAGGAUUUAGUGAAGAAUAACGAGAAAAUGCUAGGAUGGAAUGGCCAGGAAAUUCAAGCCAAAGUGCGGCCAACAGAUGCCGAGGUCGCUGCUCUUGGACCCGAGUUCCAGAAAGCAUGGGAUAAGGAGUUCAAGGAAUGUCCUGAUAAGCCCUUGGGAAUCAUUAACGUAAUCGCCGGUUUCCCGGGGGAUAUCCGUCUCGCUACUGGCGAUCCUUGUCUUGCAGUAACGGCCUUCACUGUCUAUCCAUUUUCGCGCGGACAUAUCCACAUCACAGGCCCUAACGUGGGCGACCCUGUUGAUUUUGAGACGGGAUUUUUCGCGGAUAAGGGCCAGCUUGAUAUCAAGAAGCACGCGUGGCUAUACAAGAAACAACGUGAGGUAAUCCGGCGCAUGGCUUCGUACCGCGGCGAGAUGGCUCAGUGCCAUCCGCCCUUCGCGACUGAAUCGAGUGCUGCGAGCGUUAAGUUGAGUGACGGCCCACUUCCCGCCGACGUGCCUGAUAUCGAAUAUUCAGCCGACGACGAGGUCGUAUUGGAAAAGUGGCUACGUGAGAACGUGAGCACCACUUGGCACUCGCUCGGGACAUGCAAGAUGCUCCCACAAGCUGAAAGGGGUGUAGUUGACUCCAGUCUAAGCGUCUAUGGGGUCCAGGGCCUGAAAAUUGCAGAUCUUAGUAUUGCACCCCGUAAUGUGGCAGCGAACACUAACGAUACUGCUUUGGCUGUUGGAGAAAGGGCAGCUGAUAUGUUUAUUAAGGAGCUGGCUCUGAAAUAGUUUUGAAAUUUCUCAGCCUGGGUCUUGGUUAUUAGAUGCUAACAGCUACAAAAGAAAACAUGUACUCUCUUUAAUAAUAUGUUAGCAAGGAGCUUAUAGGCCGUGCGAU